CUCUGUAUUUCAGGCAGUACCUGAUGAGGAACCCCUGCCCCACCCUGCCUUUCCACCACCAGGUGCCACCGCCCCACUCCGACACUGUAGAGUUUUACCAGAGGCUUUCAACGGAGACCCUCUUCUUCAUCUUUUACUACCUGGAGGGCACUAAGGCCCAGUAUCUGGCAGCCAAAGCCCUGAAGAAGCAGUCGUGGAGGUUCCACACAAAGUACAUGAUGUGGUUUCAGAGGCACGAAGAACCCAAGACCAUAACUGACGAGUUUGAGCAGGGAACGUACAUUUACUUUGACUACGAGAAAUGGGGCCAGCGGAAGAAGGAGGGUUUCACAUUUGAGUACCGGUACCUAGAAGACCGUGACCUCCAGUGACCUGCGGAGAGAAAUGUGGAAGGACAGACGGGCGGACAUCUGAGAACGAGAGAGAGGCACGGGACGUGGACGGAGGGAAAAAUUAGCGAAUAAUUGAACGAACAAAAACGGGCGGUCCAGUGGCUGACAUUCCUGGUUGUGACCUCAGCUUGGUGUUGGGGAAAGGAAACGUUCUGGGCCGCAGGGCGACACCGGUCCCUCCCUCUGACCCUCCAACCCGGCCUCAUCCUCCCACCCUCUCCUCCUCCUCCUCCACCAUCAGGUCUUUUAUUUCCAUCUGUUCCUGAACUGGAACUUUCUUUACGAAGACUUUGUUUUGUUUUGGCAUAUAAAAAAAAAAAAAACGAAAAUCACACCUGACAUCCUGACGACCACGUGCUUUUCCCUCUCUGUGUUAUUCUGUUGCUUUGGCUUUAAAAGCUGUUGCUUGCAUUUGCCCCUGAAGAACCAAAGAUAACAAUUCGUACAGUCGAGGCUUCGUCCUGUUUCUAAACCGACUAAAGACGUAGCUUGCGUCGAGGCUCCGGACCACAAACAUAAAUUGGUGCUGCAGCAUCUCAAACUUUGGACUGACGCAGGUGACAAAUGUGACUUUGGCUUUUUUUUAAAUCGAGUGUGGAUGGAGGAGAAGACGAUGAGCGAGGACGUGAACCGACUUUAAAAUAACCUGAACCUGUAACAACCGUGGAAACAACAAUUUGAACAAACACGUUUGCCAAACUAAAACUAACGCGGCGGUGAAAAGUUUCUCCUCCAGCUGCUUCAACAACAACUUAUUAAGCUUCAUCGCUCAUGAACCUAAAGCUGUCUUUAGACAUGAACAUCGUGUCCCGACAUUUGUCUCUGACGUGUGAAGGAGCGGUUCGUGUCUGAAAGCAGCUUAAGAAACGGAUCUUUCCCCUGUUGAAGCCUCCUCUGGCGUUUCACCGACUCCGGCUGGUGUUCGGUCGGCAGCGGCCGGAGUCAGAAACACAAUCACGCGUGGGUGAAGGUUGGUCGUGGGCGGCUCACAGGCCUCACUCUCUAAAGUAUCUUUCAGAGGCUCUGUUGUUGUGUUCGUGUGAAGUGGUAAAAGUGGCCGGUUCGUUUUGUGAAUCCGUGGCGUCUAAAAAUAUCCCGCCCUGCCUCCUCCCAUCCAGUUAACGUGGAGGAGUGUGACAGCAGAGCCGCCGAGGUGUCGGUAGUAACAGGCUUUUACCCGGUGGGCAGUGUUACGUCACCGUUAGAGGAGAGGGAUCAGAAAACAAGGAUUUGUAGAUUUCGGAAUUUAAGUUGAACCUCCACGUUUCGGUCCUCGAGCUUUUACGAGCAUCAGCCGCUCAGAGCGUUCGUUAAGUUAAAGGGUCAGUUCACUCAAAUUAUAUAACAAACACAUUUUCCUCUUUGUCAGUUCCCUGUGAAGUGAAGAUGUAUUCAGGUUAUUCUUCUGAGGAGCACAAACAGUUUUUGGUUAUUUGCCUGUAUUCAGCCGCCAGUGUCACAGAAAUUCAUCAGAAACAUGACGUCACGUGGCACCUGAUCUCAGACGUGUGGUUCAAACUAAAAUUCUAAAAUUACUCACGGCAGCAAAAUCCAAGAUUAAGACGGGAUUAAUCUGAACGGUGUCAGUCGAGCUUUUUUAAAUUCACACUUCCUCCACGACUGAGGAAGAUCAACUUCUUAUUUUGCCUCAAUUCCUGAAACAGAUUUAAAACAGGAAACACGCACGACCGCUUUCUCCCCGAGUCCAAUGACAACGAUCGAUACCGGAAUCGAACGUCUCGUCUGACUCUCGGCAACAAGCAUCAUCAGCAUCGUUCAAACGUUUUCCAACAUCUCCUCUGUCUCACGUUCUUUUUUUUCUUUUUUUUUUUCACAUCCACCAACGGGGCAGAAAAAACAUAAUUUGGUUUUCGAUGAACGAGAGGGUUUUAUUUUUUGUAAUUUGUGUGAACUGAUCCUUUAACAACUGAAGCUCCAGCAGUGAUCCGUGUGAGCGUCGUGUGUUUGAUUCCACCAGCAGCUGGAUGGACAGUUUGUCCUCCGUCUCCCUCCUCCUCCUCCUCCUCCUCCCUCUCUCCGUGCUGAAGAGCACAAACACCAGCACUGAUGCCCACACCUCCUCCUGCGUCCUCCACGUUCACACACUGCAGCGUCUGACAAAGCCUGACAACACACACACACACACACACACACACUCUGUCCAGUUCUUGCCACCAUCGGGCGUUUUCCCUGCUGCCGAACUCUCCGCAGCUUAUUUUCUUUUUUUAAUUCAGUUUUCUCCUCCUCUUGCUCUCAGCUCCUCCUCCUCUCCUCUCUCAACGCCAGGUAGAUAUUUCCUUUGUUUCUCAGGAAGUAUGUCAUAGAUCAUUUUAUGAGGAAAUGUAUCCGCCAGCAGCUCCGGCGCCGCAGCACAACAACAACAACAACAACAACAACAACAAAAUAAUCCUCCGCAAACAGACCAGCACCAACAUUUUCAUUCGGGAUAAUUCUCACGAGCGUUUCUCUCCUUCGCUUCUCUCACCAGUUUCUGUUUUCGUUCACCAAAAGCUUUUUCAAAAAAAAAAGAAAAGAAAAGAAAUUGAAGAAAAAAAACAAACAUAUUUUCCUCCGUUGUUUGGAGCAGCACCUGGACGAGAGACCAUCUUUAUAUUUUGUAUUUUUUGGAUUAUCUGUGGUAGUUUGUAUAUUAUUUUUCCUUUUUUCAGAGACGGGGAAAAGCGUUUAAAAUCCCAGAGGAGGACGAGGACCCUGUUGUUUUUAAAGAUCCUCUCAACAGGAGCGUGGUUUGUUUUUAUAGCCGAACAGACACAGACGACUCGACACCUGACCCACAGUCCUGCUUUUAACCUUUUGUUUACCUUUUUGACAAGCGUAAGGGUCGAGAGGUCGAUCGAGAGCCCAAAUGUGAAUCUCUCUCUCUGCCCCUUUGACAAAAGUGUUGUAUAGACUCCUCCUUCAAACCUCUCCGUUGGGUUUUUUUUUUUUUUUUUCCUCUUUUGUUUGUUGUUGUCGUAAGACAGCAUGAAAUAAUGACACUUACAAAGUGCCGCUGAAAAAGUAAAUAAUGAAAUAACCAUGAAUAAAGGAUUGUAAAAUAUUAAAAUAAUUACUUUUCAGAAAA